GCCAGCAGGACUUUACGUGUCGAGUGACAUUACGAUGCAGUCCGGCGUAUUGGUUUGAAACUUCAGCUGCAGUGUCCAGCUUUCACAUAGCAAUGUUCACAUGUGCACGCGCGCAAGGGUCUAUCAUCUGAGCCGCUUCGCCUCACGACACAGGCAGUGAGACACUGCACGAAGCGCAGUUGACCGGCCGCGUCUGCCUGGUGUUCGAGACUACAAACACCCGCGCUGGGCCUCUCGCCUCACUUCAGCGCGCACAGCGUAGACCUGAUCGCCCGCCAUGGUCAAAGCUGAUGCUUCGCGAAAUUACUAUGCGGAUCUGAAAGUCACUCCCAACGCCAGCGAGAACGAGAUCCGCAAGGCUUUCCGCUCUCUUGCCCUGCAAUACCACCCCGACCGCAAUCCAGGGCGUGAACAAGAGUUUGUUGUCAAAUUUCAAGAGAUCCAGGCUGCUCACGAAGUCCUAUGUGAUCCAACGCUGCGGCUCAAGUACGACAAGGAGAGAACAAAGUACCGCAAUCUGAACGUACCUACGAACACGCCGAACACACCACGAACCAGACCGCCCCCUCCACCACGGAAUGCCUACACGACCACCGCACCCAGCAGCUCCUACCACCGUCCUCAGCCCCCAAAGCCUCAGCCUCAGCCGCAACGACCGCCCCCGCCACAGCAUCACCAGACGUACAACAGCGGGCAGGACAGAUUCACCAACAAGAACUUCAGGCCGCCACCGACCGCGCAACGGCCACCUUCAGGGCAUAAAGACUCGCAGGACCGUGCGAAUGUCUUCACAGCAUGGCAGAAGAUGAAAUCAGGCGCUCGGCCUGAAGAGACUCGACCACACAAUCCUACAAACACCAAAAAUCCCAAUGGUGCACCUUUUGGGCGCAGUCAGAGUACAAGGGUGCCGUCCAAUAAGACUGGCUUCAACCCAGGGACGCCGGGUGCAGACGAAGGGCCGGCAAAGUCAGGAGGGUAUCGGUCAAGCUAUGCCCGCCCAGCUGCGACACCACCCACACCAGCUACACCUAACUCGCCCAACGUUGAUGCACCAUUCUCAGAGGGCAAUCGUGUACGAACACCAUACUACUCAAGGGCUUCAGGUGUUCGCGAAGAGGGCAUUGGCAGGUCUGCGAGCAUGCGCAACUCCCCAUCACACUCACAUCAACCUAGCCCGUCUAAUGAGGGAGGGUCAUACUCGGACUCCGGACGUCGACAACAGCGUAACUCAUAUGGCGGUAAUCCGACGAAGGGUCCAUUUCCUCAAAUGUAUCCAGACUCCAGCGACGAGUCUGAGGCUGAAGUUUUCCAAAAGAGUACUGCAAACAGGCCACGAGCGCAACCAAGAGCUCCACAACACCCUCCACCACCCACCUGGGAUCAGAAUGGCUUUGCAACUCCUCCAUCCAAACAAAGUGCACCACCGCCCGGGAGCGUACCCAAUAGCUUCAAGAGCAGGAGUGAGGAAAGCAUCAACUUGAAGUUCUCGCCCUCAGACUGGCAUGGCAAGUUCGGGAGUAAUGCUGAUUACUUUGCUGCGCCGAACGUACAGAUAGGUGCGAAUAACAAGGGUCGGCAAUCUCCAACACGAGGAAGAGCUGGCUCACAACGAGCAGCAGCACCUUCAUAUCCACCGGCUGGAAACACGUUCAAGACACAGUUUGGGUACAUGCCUCCACCGCCUCCUGGUCCCCCGCCUAAACCCAAGUUCGCGCCACCUACCGAAGCCAUGCCUCAUACUGCGAAGUUCAGCCCAGAGAUCUGGUCUGAGACGUUCAAGGAGCCAAGUUGGGCGUUACCGAAAGAAGCCUUGGAUCGAAAGAAUUCAGAGACCGUCAAACGCCCAAAACCUCCACGCAAAUCGUCUGUGCCCAGACCACAAGAUCAGGCCGAGAAGGCUCGGCCGAAGUAUCAAGCGACUGCAGAGGAACCGACAGGCGAGCCGGAUGAGAUGGAUAUCGACUUAGACACUCCGACCACAAAUGCGAAUACGUCCGCUACAAGACCUAAAACAGCACCAUCCUCGCCCAGGAAAGACAAGGCACGAAGGACAGGGUCGGUGCCUCCAAAGACUGGCCUCUCGCCUGCGCCUGUGGGCGAUUCUUCUGCACCAGGCCUGAAUGGCCUCGCAGGCCUUGCGACUGUCGAGCCGUUCUUGCCUGCCCAAAAUGGAAGUCUCUCGCUUGAUGCGCUCAAAGACACGCUGCCAUUCCAGUCGCAAGCCUCCAACGCUCAUCCAACGAAACCUAAUUCAGCGCGUUCAUUGAAGCUUCCUCCAGUACCCGCGGCUCCUCACCCUCCGUUGAAGCUCGACACGACAACGACAGAUGCCUACUUCAGUCACAUGGAGGGUUAUGUCAGGUUGUUCAACGCCUUCAGCAAGGGUGUCACCGACCACUUCGCCUCCAGGAGCGCGGAGCUUGAAGAUCUCGAUGACCGCUUUAUUCAUCAUCGCGGUGAAACUACUAGGAAGCUCGGUUUUGCCAGCUAUCUCAAUCGCAUGCGGGAAGACGAAGCGGUCAUGGUGAUGUGGAAGGUCGCGCAGGAGAGACACAUCCAGGCGUUAGAACAGUGCGAGGAGGUCCGGAACAAGACGAUCAAGCUGUAUCAGUGAGCAGCUAGGGAUGUCGACAAGCAGCACAUAUACUGUUGUGCUGACAUUUCUUUAGCAUUCAGGUACCGAGAGAAGAUACGAGUCCGACGAAAGUGAUGAGGGAACGGUUCAUUGACAUUGUCGCUGCGCUUUCGCUUCGACGAGCAGUCACAAUGUCUACUUCAAAGCCAAGGCCGGUGGCUUUGCCUGCGAAGGUGUCAUCAUCCACAUAUCAGUACACAAAGAGGAACGUCAGCACGUCAGCUUAGUGUGCAGAUGAUACGGACGAUGAACGAGGUCCAUCUAGGCCUGAGCUGUUGAAACUGAGGAAAAAGCCAAAGAGAUGUGUGCUUGGAUAGCAUGGUGUUUGGGCAUAGGAUACCCUUGUUCUUGUACUUGCAUAUGUAGACCACCAUUCGCAUAGCAUGUUCGGACACAUCUUUAUAUAGGCAGUGCAUAGCGAAUACAAUAUCAACAUCGCGAUGCUCCCGAG